UUAAUCGUGAAGGAAAAGCCAACCAACCACCGCGUUGGGGCGCUCGGCAGCGGCGGAGAGACCGCGAUGGGGUGCGCGCAGUCGAAGAUCGAGAACGAGGAGUCGGUGGUGCGGUGUAAGAAUCGGAAGCUGUUCAUGCGGGACGCCGUCGCAUCCCGCAACGCCUUCGCAGCCGCCCAGGCCGCCUACGCUGUCGCCCUCAAGAACACCGGCGCUGCACUCUCCGAGUUCGGCCAGAGCGAGCUCCAUGACCACGGUCAGUCUCAUGCCUCCGCCGCAGCCGCUUCUUCCUCCUCGUCCUCCUCCUCCGUCGCCGUUGGGAUGAAGCCAUCACUCCCUCCGCCUCCCCCUCCUCCCCCUUCCGACUCAUCCACCUCCCCUGCCGCCCCCAUCCAGCGCUCCGCCAGCAUGCCUGCUGACUUCGCGAUCUCCAAAUCCAAGAAGAAAUCCCUCGGCAAAAUCCCCGCCGAUGCCUCGAUCCGAGAGGAGGAUGAAGCGGAACACGCCGAUGACGAUCAUUCCGCUGCCAGGAGCUCCUCCCCUGCUCCGCCGCCUCAGCCUCAGCCUCAACCUCAACCUCAACCCGCUCCGCCGGCUCCGCCGCCCUCCUCCGAAACCUGGGCCUAUUUUUUUGGGUCAAACGAUCACAUGAUACCGCCCAACCUUAGCCAGCCGGAAGAGACCACAUGGAGGGAGACGAUAGAGACAGAGCAGGAGAAAAGGGCGCCUCCAUCUCCUGUGAGAACCGAUGGAGCUCCUGGUGAUGAAACACAAGCGACGCCUACAAAGGUUGUCGAUGAACCUUCUCCUCCGCCACCGUCAAAGCAAGUCAAGAAGGUUAAGCAUGGCGGUUCAGCGGACCACCAGCAUGCUGCGUCUGCUGGAGCAUCUGAAACGAAGAGGAGCAAAACUCCGGCUCCUAGUGUCAAUCUGAUUCAGAUUUUGAAUGAGCUGGAUGACCAUUUCCUGAAGGCAUCGGAGAGCGCUCACGAGGUUUCAAAGAUGCUCGAGGCCACUCGGAUGCAUUAUCACUCGAAUUUUGCCGACAACAGAGGGCACAUUGAUCAUUCAGCAAUACUCAUGCGAGUUAUUACAUGGAAUCGUUCAAUAAAAGGCCUGUCUCAAGAUGUUAUUAAGGAUGAUUUUGAUAAUGAAGAAUGGGAAACUCAUGCAGCCAUUCUGGAUAAGAUGCUUGCAUGGGAGAAAAAGCUUUAUGAUGAAGUUAAGGCUGGUGAACUUAUGAAAAUUGAUUAUCAAAAAAAGCUAGCUUUGCUGAAUAAGCAAAAGAAACAUGGGGCAAAUUCGAUGGCAUUGGAAAAAAUCAAAUCAGUUGUAAGCCAUCUGCAUACGAGAUACAUAGUUGAUAUGCAGUCAAUGGAUUCAACAGUUUCAGAAAUUAACCGUCUUCGUGAUGAUCAACUAUAUCCAAGGCUAAAAGAACUUGUUAAUGGGAUGGCUAAGAUGUGGGAGACCAUGCGCUUCCAUCAUGGCAGCCAGCUUAAGAUAAUAAAGGAAAUCAGAGGUCUUGACAUUCCACUUGCUCCCAGGGAGACAAGUAAACAACAUCAUAAUCGAACUGUUCAGCUUUGGAAAAUGGUUGGAGAGUGGGAUUCACAGUUCGACAAACUCAUGAGUAAUCAGAAAGACUAUAUCAAAGCCCUAAACAGGUGGUUGAAUUUGAACGUUGUUCCAAUUGAGCGCAGCAGCAGGAAGGACGCAUCAUCUCCACCGGAGCAAGCCGAUCCUCUGAUCAAGACCCUGCUGCAUGCAUGGCAUGACCAGUUAGAGAAUCUUCCAGUUGAUCGGGCCAAGAGCAGCCUAAGUACCUUCUCAGGAGCAGUGCAGGCCAUCAUGCUGUGUCAAGUCGAAGAGCUAAACUUGAAGUUGAAGUGGGACGAUGCCCACAGGGAUUGUGAGCGGAAGAAACAUGAGUUUGACGUGUGGCAUCACAAGUACACGGAGAGGAUCACGGCAACAUCCUCUGAUGAGGUUAAUCCCGAGACAGUCGAAGGAGCAACACAACAGGAUCUAGUGUCGGAGAAGAAGGCAGUUGUGGACAAUGCAGAGAGUAAGCUGAGGGCGUCGGAAGAAUCAUAUAGGAAGCAAUGCAAGAUCGUGAGGGACAAGUCACUAACCAGCCUCAAAACACACCUACCGGAGCUCUUCCGGGCCAUGUUAGAUUUUGCCAGCUCGUGUGCAGAGAUGUACAAGAGACUGAGUUCCAUCAGAGAAUCACAAAGCCUGGUGAACGAUUAGGGAGUUGUGUAUUGCGAUUUUUUUUUUACGUGUUUUGUUUUUUGUUUAUAUCCAUUUCAUCAGAGAUAUGUAUUGUGAUAUUUUGUGUUCAAUUCUUGUUUGUAAGUAACCGUGAGCGUGACAUUCAAUUCUUGUUCA